GAUUGAAACUUGUUAAUUAAAAAAAUUAUUACUUAAAGCACAUCACGUCUCCUAGUCUUGGUCAUUUUAAUUUCCUUAGAAGGGUUUGAUUUCUUUCAUAAAAGUCGUGUCUCUUCCCCGUAAACAAAUAUCUAUCAGCCAUCUCCAUUUCUCUCUUUAAACAUUCCAAGAAAAAUGCUUCUUGAACAAAACCAAGUGGUAGAGAUAUGCAAGAAAGAAGAAGGCUUUCUGGGGUCAUACUACCCAGCAACGGUUCUUGCUGCGAUCGGACUAACCAGGUACUUGGUACGGUACGAAACUCGGUACAAUGAAGCCAAAACAAGAUUGCUGACUGAGGUGGUUAAGCCGGAGGAUAUAAGGCCUGCUCCACCGACCAGCACCUACACAAAUUAUAAGGUGAAUGAUAGGGUUGAUGCGUAUAUUAAUGAUUCUUGGUGGGUAGGCAGUAUUGUAAGAGUGGUUGAUCCUAACUACUAUUUAAAGUUGGAGUGUAAUGAGAAUGAAGUGCAUUGUGGUUUUUAUAACGCCAGGAUUCAUUUUGAUUGGGAAGAUGACAAGUGGGUUUACAAUGCAAAUAGGCCUCAGCAACAUACUGUCGAUCAAUCCAAUAUGGUGUCCAGGCCUGAAGAUGAUGGUAAUCAACCAAAUGAUGGCAAGCAAGGAAGGCCCUAGACUGAGGAUUCUGCAACUAUAGAAAUUAAGUUUGUGCAGUAAUUCUUAAGCUGUAUCAAGAAUCUACUACAUAAUAUGUAGUACUUUUAGGACACAACAUAUAAUAUGUCUAUAAUCACUGGCAUUAAAGUCAGUGUUCUGAGAACUAAUCGCUAGCCACUAGAAUUCCUUAGGUCUGCGAUUGUGUCUAUCACACAUUUGGCAACCUUAAUUAUUACCUUAUUGAAAAUUAGAUUGGGGGACAUAUAUUGGCCUGUUCAUCUGAAUCUGAUGCUGCUUUUAGCCUAAACACUGAAUUUCUCAAACUUUAUUAUAUUCUAUUUUAAUUUUUUUCUUUUUUCU